AAGCGCAGCCUCAUCUUCGGUCUUCACCGGUCAGCGUGUGUCCCCUAGUCCGGUGACUCUUCGUCUCCACCUGCUUUUUAAUAUCUGUCAAUAUGUCCCGCUGCCUCGGCUUGGCUCGCCUCAUCCUCGGUUCUUCUCACAGGACCAAUUUACGGUUAACGUCUUGUGCGCGUGGACUGAGCACGCUAAAUGUCUCGCGAGAGCUCAUGGUUGGACAGCAGCAGAGGUGGAGCGGCCGGCCCGCUGUGUGGAGGUCUCAGUGGUCCUCUCUGGGCUUCACCCAGCAGUCCUUCUACAGCACUCAGGAAGUGGAGAAAGAGCCAGAAGAAGAACCUCUACACACCAUCAUCACCGAUACGGAGUCUGUACAAGGUAGUUCCUCUAAACAUGAAUUUCAGGCUGAAACAAAGAAACUUCUGGACAUUGUUGCCAGAUCUUUGUACUCGGAGAAGGAGGUUUUCAUCAGGGAGUUGAUCUCUAACGGGAGCGACGCCUUGGAAAAGCUGCGACACAAAAUGGUCACGGCUGGCGGGGAAACGGCUCCGAUGGAAAUCCACCUGCAGACUGAUGGUGUUAAAGGAACCUUUACCAUUCAGGACACAGGAGUUGGCAUGAACGAAGAGGAGCUGGUGGCCAAUCUGGGUACUAUCGCCCGCUCUGGAUCCAAGGCGUUUUUGGAUGCCCUGCAGAACCAGGCAGAGGCCAGCAGCACCAUCAUCGGUCAGUUUGGUGUCGGCUUCUACUCCGCCUUCAUGGUGGCUGACCGUGUGGACGUCUUCUCCCGCUCUGCAGAGCCGGACGCUCCCGGAUACAAGUGGUCCUCCGACGGCUCUGGGCUGUUUGAGAUCGCUGAAGCCAGCGGCGUUCAACAGGGAACUAAAAUUGUGCUGCACCUCAAAGACGACUGUAAGGAGUUUUCCUCUGAGGACAGAGUUAAAGAGGUUGUGACAAAGUACAGCAACUUUGUUAGUUUCCCCAUCUUCCUGAACGGACGGCGGCUCAACACUCUGCAGGCCUUGUGGAUGAUGGAGCCUAAAGAAAUCAGUGACUGGCAGCACGAGGAGUUCUACCGCUACAUCGCUCAGGCCUAUGAUAAGCCGCGCUACACGCUGCACUACCGCGCCGACGCGCCGCUCAACAUCCGAAGCAUCUUUUACGUCCCUGAUGCGAAACCCAGCAUGUUUGACGUGAGCAGAGAGAUGGGCUCCAGCGUGGCUCUGUACAGCAGGAAGGUCCUGAUCCAGACCAAAGCCACCGACAUCCUGCCCAAGUGGCUGCGCUUCCUUCGAGGUGUGGUGGACAGCGAAGACAUCCCCCUGAACCUGAGCAGAGAACUGCUGCAGGAGAGCGCCCUCAUCAGAAAGCUUCGAAAUGUCCUGCAGCAGCGAGUGAUCCGCUUCCUGCUGGACCAAAGCAAGAAGGACCCGGAGAAGUACAACAAGUUCUUUGAGGACUACGGGCUCUUCAUGCGGGAGGGCAUCGUUACCACCCAGGAACAGGACGUAAAGGAAGACAUCGCCAAGCUGCUGAGGUUCGAGUCGUCCGCUUUGCCGGCCGGCCAGCAGACCAACCUGAUGGAGUAUGGAUCCCGCAUGAAGGCCGGCACGCGCAACAUCUACUACCUGUGUGCCCCCAACAGACAUCUGGCCGAGCACUCGCCGUAUUUUGAGGCCAUGAAGAAGAAAGACAUGGAGGUCCUGUUCUGCUAUGAGCAGUUCGACGAGCUGACCCUGCUUCACCUCAGGGAGUUUGACAAGAAGAAGCUGAUCUCGGUGGAGACGGACAUCGUGGUGGAUCACUACAAGGAGGAGAAGUUUGAGGACAGCAAGCCAGCAUCUGAGCGGCUGACGCAGGAGCAGGCGGACGACCUGAUGGCCUGGAUGAAGAACGCUCUGGGUCCCCGAGUCACAAACAUAAAGCUGACUCCUCGUCUCGACACUCAUCCCGCCAUGAUCACGGUGCUGGAAAUGGGCGCGGCCCGCCACUUCCUCCGAACCCAGCAGCUAGCACGCACUCCUGAGGAGAGGGCCCAGAUCCUGCAGCCCACCCUGGAGAUCAACGCCGGACACGAUCUGAUCAAGAAGCUGCACUCACUGAAGGACACAAACUCUGAACUGGCUGGUUUGCUGCUGGAACAGAUCUACGACAACGCCAUGAUUGCAGCCGGCCUGAACGACGACCCCCGGCCGAUGAUUUCACGCCUCAACGAGCUCCUGGCCAGAGCUCUGGAGAAACACUGACGGCUCGUCUCGCUUCAGAUGCCGAGUGAAGCGUCCGCAGCACCAGGGAGGGCUGACCGAGGACAGUUCAGGAGAACAGUACAGACUACUGUGGAUGAAAUUUGUUGCUGCACAAGUCAGAAUGAAAACACAGCUUCUCCGUCUGGUUGCAGUGUUUGAGACGUUUCAUCCGUUUUGAGACGAACAACUUGGUUUAUUUUUGAUGGACUCGCAUUCCGUUCAUGUCUGGUGUAUGAAAGUCAGUUUUGAAGUUUCUCCGUCUUGUUCUGACAUUUAAAUCUCCAAACAUUUCAUAAACUACUUUUAAGAUUAGGGAUGGUACCAUCAGUUGCCAAAUAAAGCUGUUUGACUAUUAAAGUGGAAACUACAAAUGCAGUGAAAUAAAAAAAAAAAAAAAAUAGAUAAACCCAUAAGUCUUGGAAAUACAAUUUUACUGCAUUCAAACUGUCUCUGCUGUGACCAGAAACGCCACCAGAAACCUUAUCCUGCAUCUGGUCUCUCAGACACUGAAGCAGCUCUCAGCAGCUUUGGGGUCAGCGUCCCAGCGCUGUCGGUCCGUCUAAAGCAUUCCUGGGCCGUCUGAGCCGUCACACCUACAGGCCUCGUUUCUCCUCGGUGAGCCGUUCCUCAGUUCUCACCUCCUGACUGGCAAACAGCAUCCGAUCCAGUCUGGAAUGUCAGGAUAGCUUGUCGAUGUUGGCCAAGAAGCGCUGGGCCCACCACUCAUCCAGAUCUAUGGGCACAAAGCCUGGAAAAGAAGAAACAAGGAUCUGAAUCAACGGUCUAAAAUAAAAUCUAAAGCCAUGCUGGAAGAUUUGCUCCAAAAAAAGAUUCAUAAAAUCAUGCUGUUCAGUAUUGUGAUUGGAAUAAAAACCAAGUCAAAAAACUAAUUUUUCAUAGACUUUUAUGCUGCUUUUACUGCCCUCUAGCGGUCGUAAUCAGAAGCUACAUAAGUUAAAACAUGCUCACCGUUUUAAAUUAUUUUGUAUUUAGAUGUGAAAAAUAUUUAGCCAACGGAUUCCUCAAUACUACUUUUUUUUUAUUAAAACAAAGUAUUAAAUACACCAUUGAUAUGCUUUGCUCUACAGAGUUAAAAUGUGUCACUAUUUUGCAGAUUUCAUUGUGAUAACAUAAAACUCAUGUAAAAUAUCUCCUGCAUAAACUUUGCCUGUUAACUGCAAUGAAUUUAAAAACUAUGGAUAUUAAAAUGUGUUUUGCCCUCUAGUGUUGA